AUGGCUCGGACCCCCGAGAGUAACUGGCUGUUGAUCGUAAGAGCCAUCGUUCUGGCGUAUCCUCCAUCACCGGGGAUUAUCGGUGAACGUGAGGAGAGGGACAGGAAGAAAGAUAAACAGAAGAUAAAGAAGAAGAAGGAGAGUGACUUGCCAUCUGCCAUCCUGCAGACCAGCGGAGUGGCUGAGUUUACCAAAAAGCGCUCCAAACUAGUGUUACCUGCACCUCAGAUCAGUGAUGCUGAGUUGGAGGAAGUCGUUAAAUUGGGUGUUGCCAGUGAGGUCGCCCGUCAAGCUGCUGAGGAGAGUGAAAGUGGAAACUCUGCCUCCUCCACCCUCCUGUCCGAAUACAGCGUCACCAACACCAUGGCAACAGGGCUCCGGACCCCACGAACCCCUGCUGCUCAGGACAGGAUAAUGCAGGAAGCCCAGAAUCUGAUGGCUCUGACUAACAUUGACACCCCCCUGAAGGGAGGCCUCAACACCCCACUGCAUGAGAGUGACUUCAGUGGAGUGACACCUCAACGCCAGCAGAUACAAACACCCAACACUGUUCUCAGUACACCAUUCAGAACUCCUGGCCCAGGUCAGGGGUCAGAGGGCAUGACGCCUCAAGCUGGAGGCGCGAUAACCCCACGCGUGGGAGGGACUCCAGGUUUAACCCCCGGCCGCACACCACUGAGAGACAAACUGAAUAUUAACACAGAGGAGCAACUGGCUGAUCCUGCAUAUGCUAAACACAUGCAAAAGGAGAGCUUGCAGCACCUGAGACAAGGUCUGAUGUCACUUCCUGUCCCUAAGAACGACUUUGAGAUUGUUCUUCCCGAAAAUGCAGAGAAAGAACUGGAAGAAACUGAGAUAGAGACGGGAUUCAUAGAAGACUCAGCAGAUAUAGAAGCACGCAAGCAGGCUCAACGAGAGGCUGAAAGAGAGAAGGAGUUGAAACUGCGACACACUCCUGUUCAGAGGAAUCUCCCCAGACCUUCUGAGGUAAAUGAGUCCGUCCUCCGUCCUGCCUCCAUGGAGCCGCUCUCUGACCUCCAGCAGGCCGAAGAGCUCAUCAAACAGGAAAUGAUCACCAACACCAUGGCAACAGGGCUCCGGACCCCACGAACCCCUGCUGCUCAGGACAGGAUAAUGCAGGAAGCCCAGAAUCUGAUGGCUCUGACUAACAUUGACACCCCCCUGAAGGGAGGCCUCAACACCCCACUGCAUGAGAGUGACUUCAGUGGAGUGACACCUCAGCGCCAGCAGAUACAAACACCCAACACUGUUCUCAGUACACCAUUCAGAACUCCUGGCCCAGGUCAGGGGUCAGAGGGCAUGACGCCUCAAGCUGGAGGCGCGAUAACCCCACGCGUGGGAGGGACUCCAGGUUUAACCCCCGGCCGCACACCACUGAGAGACAAACUGAAUAUUAACACAGAGGAGCAACUGGCUGAUCCUGCAUAUGCUAAACACAUGCAAAAGGAGAGCUUGCAGCACCUGAGACAAGGUCUGAUGUCACUUCCUGUCCCUAAGAACGACUUUGAGAUUGUUCUUCCCGAAAAUGCAGAGAAAGAACUGGAAGAAACUGAGAUAGAGACGGGAUUCAUAGAAGACUCAGCAGAUAUAGAAGCACGCAAGCAGGCUCAACGAGAGGCUGAAAGAGAGAAGGAGUUGAAACUGCGACACACUCCUGUUCAGAGGAAUCUCCCCAGACCUUCUGAGGUAAAUGAGUCCGUCCUCCGUCCUGCCUCCAUGGAGCCGCUCUCUGACCUCCAGCAGGCCGAAGAGCUCAUCAAACAGGAAAUGAUCACCAUGCUGCACUACGACUGUCUGCACCACCCUUCAGCCAAUGCAGCCAGUCAGCUGCAGCGUGGCAAAACCAGAGGCCCCACAUCUACAUCCAACAACGCAUCACAUAUCGCUUACCUGGAAACACACGCCUACAAACCAGUCAGCACAGAGGACAUGGAGCAGGCAAAGGCAAUCCUGGCAGCAGAGAUGGAGGUGGUGAAGGCAGGUAUGGGCCACGGUGACCUCAGCAUGGAGGCUUACACCCAGGUGUGGGAAGAAUGCUACGGACAGGUGCUAUAUCUACCUGGCCAGAACAGAUACACCAGAGCAAACCUGGCAUCAAAGAAAGACCGCAUUGAAAGCCUGGAGAAAAAGCUAGAGGUGAACCGUGGCCACAUGACAGCGGAGGCCAGGAGAGCAGCUAAACUAGAGAAGAAACUGAAAAUCCUGCUUGGAGGAUUUCAGUCCAGAGCGUUGGGGCUCCUGAAGCAGCACGCUGAACUCUGGGAACAGGUGGAGCAGGCAGCCACAGAGCUCCAGACCUUUACUCAACUGAAGAAACAAGAAGAUCUGGCCAUCCCGAGGCGACAAGAGGCUCUGCGGGAGGACGUGGAGAGGCAGAUGGAGAGAGAGAAAGAACUGCAGCAGAGAUAUGCAGAGCUGCUCAUGGAGAGGGAGUCGCUGCUCAACAGUGCUCAGAAAUACUGAGCAGCCACACGCAUACUCAUCAGAGACAUCAAUAUCAGGCUGACCGCUGCCCUGAGUGUUAAACCUUUAAUUUUCUGCAGCAAAUCCUACCAAUAUGCCCCACCUCCAUGUGCUCAUGUUGCUAAGUUGUCACAAGGCUGAGUUUUGAGCAUGCUCAGUGGACCCUUGUUUUUCUGUUUUAGUGACCAAUAAAGUUUCUUUUCAGCGUG